AAAAAAAAAAAAACUUAAAACAAAAGUAGGACUAGGUUGCCCAAACAUCGCAUUGAACACGGAAAAUAGCCACGUGUAAUACUAUUUAUAGUUUAAUUAACUUCAAAGUCCAAUUGCAGCCAACGUGUGCUCCAAUUUUUCUCUAAACAAUAUGUUAAUUUCCUGAUUUUCUGUUUUUUCCUAACCACCACCUUUCUACUUUUCCCACCACUUUUGGCUACGGCGGAGACACCAAUUUUUGUUACAUUUCUUCAUCCCGUCGGUAACCAACUCCGCCAUUAGCCGGCGGUUACACAUUGCCUCAACAAUCAAAUAAUUAUAUUUGUAUAUAUAUAACAAUGCCGGGUGAUCAUUGUGAUCAAAAUGUUGUAUAUCUUCAUGGAGACCUUGAUUUGAAAAUUAUAGAAGCUCGAAGAUUACCUAACAUGGAUUUAGUAACCGAACGUCUCCGACGUUGUUUUACAGUUUUAGAUGUUUGUCGUAAACCGUUUACUCGUAGACGUCGGAAAGGUCACCAUCAUAAGAUCAUUACAAGUGAUCCGUAUGUAACGGUUUGCUUAACAGGUGCUACGGUGGCGCGUACGCGCGUGAUCUCUAACUGUCAGGAUCCUGUUUGGAAUGAGCAUUUUAUUAUCCCGCUUGCACAUCCUGUAUCAGUUGUGGAGUUUCAGGUUAAGGAUAAUGAUGUGUUUGGAGCGGAUUAUAUCGGAGUUGCUAAGGUUCCUGCAGAGAAGAUUAUAUCUGGUGAGGUGAUUGAUGAUUGGUUUAGUAUAAUUGGACCUUAUGGAAAGCCUCCGAAACCUGAUUGUGCUAUUAGACUUCAAAUGAAAUUCAUACAUUGUAAUGAUAAUUCGGAGUAUAAUGGAGGUGUAUCAGGAGAUUAUGGGCUGAAAGCGAGUUAUUUUCCUGUUAGGCAUGGAGGAUCGGUUACUUUGUAUCAGGAUGCACACGUGCCGGAUGGAAUGCUGCCGGAGAUUAAACUGGAUGAUGGGAAGAUAUUUGAGCAUAGUAAGUGUUGGGAAGACAUGUGUCAUGCAAUAUUGGAGGCACAUCAUGUGGUGUAUGUGGUUGGGUGGUCAAUUUUUCAUAAGGUGAAGUUGGUUAGGGAGCCAAGUAAGCCGUUGCCGAGCGGUGGGGAUUUGACACUUGGGGAGUUGCUUAAGUAUAAGUCAGAGGAGGGUGUGAGGGUGUUGCUGUUGGUUUGGGAUGAUAAGACUUCUCACAGCAAGUUCUUCAUUCAAACGGAUGGAGUAAUGCAAACUCAUGAUGAAGAAACUCGGAAGUUUUUCAAACACUCAUCCGUCAAUUGUGUGCUGGCACCUCGUUAUGCAAGCUCCAAGCUGAGCAUUUUCAAGCAACAGGUUGUUGGAACCCUUUAUACUCAUCAUCAGAAGUGUGUGAUUGUGGACACACAAGCCAGUGGCAAUAAUAGAAAGAUUUCAGCUUUCAUUGGCGGUCUAGACCUCUGUGACGGGCGUUAUGAUACACCUGAGCAUAGAUUAUUCCGUGAUCUUGACACGGUCUUCAAGGAUGAUUAUCAUAAUCCAACAUUUAGUGUGAGUACUUUUUAUUGGUGGUCUAUAACCUGCCAAAAUAUAACAUAUAGGCAAUUCAAAAAAUCUAUCUUCUUUAAGCAAUCGAUAUUUAGUAUUUCAGCUAUCUAUCUUUUACAAGACUAUAGAAAUGAUGAUACACUUGUUUUCUGAACUAAUGUUGUUCUGGCUCUACCCAACCCUCGUGUAUUGACCUGGCCACAAGUUUUUCUUUUUUGUUUUGGGCUUUUUCCUGGCAGAGAUAUAAUUUUGUCAAGGAAAAUAUUUUAUUCAUGAACUCAAAUUAUUCUGCUUUCAUCACGGUGGAGGCAAGCUCGUUAUUCAGAUUCAUAUCUUUUUUGUUUUCUUUCCUCUCUCCUGUCAUCAUAUUGCUUUGAAGUCAUAUCAUCACACCUCCUAGAUUUUCUAUCAGUAGAUUCCCCUGAGUUUUGCAUCAUCAUAUCUCCAAGAUCUUCUCUCCACAUCAUUUUCUUUGUAAUUACUUCAAUUUUCCUUUUGCACCGACUUGUGCUUCUCGACAUCUCUCUUAUAAUAAUCUCUUGCACUCAAAUCUCGCUGCACAUUAUUCCUUUCUAUAUCACUGAUUUUUUGCUUUAGAAUUAUUUGUAACUCUAUCAAGAGAUUUUGAACCCUUACUGCUAAUCAGGCCGUUGAGGCCGACUCCAUUGUCCUGAUCUCCUAUCUUUCCUAGAAUCCUCAAUCUUAUCAUGUGACCAUCUCGAACUU